AUAUGGUGAGCAUAUAACAAGUGCACUUUAUCGUGAAAUCAUACGCAGAUAUGGGCUGCCAAGAGUAUAAUUUUAUUUUUAUUGCCUUCAUUUUAUCUCUAGUUCAUGAAGUGGUAGCAGAUUUUCCAAGUAAAUGUCCUUUUACGAUCUAUCAGGAAUAUGAGACAAAACCGAACAUAUAUGUGUCCUCAUCUGCUGCAGCUGCUUUUGCCGAGUUGGACGUAAGGAAUACUGCAAGAGUUAGGCAUAAUGAUGUCAGUCACUUAACUAGUGCCAUUGUACCUAGUUUGAAUGAACUACUAUUCAGCUCCGAAAAGUCUGAAAAAUUUCAGUGCACUUCACCGCGUUCAAACUGCGCGAGUGAUUCGAAAAACUUUUAUUAUCGAACCUAUGAUGGGUCAUGCAAUAAUUUUCAAAAUCCCGACUAUGGAAUGGCAAAAUCUAGGUAUACUCGAAUGAUGCCGCCGAAAUAUGGUGAUGGUGUUUACUCUCCAACAAUCUCAAUCACUGGGGCACCAUUACCAAAUAGCCGUCUAUUAUCAUUGUCCUUAUACGGAGAAACUACCUUGCCGGAUGAUUUUCGAACGAUGGCGUUUUUGCAGUGGGGUCAAUUGGUGGCUCACGACAUGACACAUUUUGUUAAAGGAAACACCAGUGACGACUGUUGCUCUCGUCCUGAAAGUUUAUUCUGCUAUCCAAUUAUUCUUCACCCGCUCGGACCAAUUUCGCAGAGUUCUUCGAAGGGGUGUUUAAAUUUCGCCAGAAGUACUUCUGAUUCCGAUGCUGUAUGUCCCGCUAGUGGUUUGCCAUAUUCAGAGAAAAUAACAAUGACCUCAGCAUAUCUGGAUUUGUCGUUUGUUUAUGGCAACUCCGUAAGGCAAAACAGAAAAUUUCGUGUAUUUAAAAGUGGCCUACUAAAAACAAGUUUAGUGAAUAACCGUGACUGGCUGCCAUUAUCCACCAAUCCUGAAAGUGAUUGUGGAGAAGGAAAUUAUCAAUGUUACGAUAUACCAGAUAUGCGUAACCAAUUCAUCCCAACAGUUGCAGUGUUGCAUACCAUCCUUGUGCGCGAACAUAACCGAAUUGCGAGAAAACUUGAACAAUUUAACCCUCAUUACUCGGAUGAGACACUUUUCCAAGAGGCAAGAAAAAUAAAUAUCGCUCAAUAUCAAAAGAUUACGUUUUAUGAUUGGUUGCCGCUUCUUAUUGGACCUUCGUAUGCUUAUAAUAAAGACCUAUUAUACCACAUUACGCAAUAUGAGUACUCAUAUGAUUACGAUCCAGCCGUUAAUGCCGCACCUUACGCAGAAUUCGCUGCAGCCGCUUUUCGUUACUCACACAAUCAAAUACCUGGAUGGUUUUCAUUAGUCUCUUCAAGACGAAAUUUCAAUCAAACAUUGCGGUUAAGUGAUCAUUUCGAGCGGCCUGAGAAUCUGAAUUUGAUGUGGGAUAAUGAUAACUUUGACUCCCUUAUUCGUGGCUUAUGUACACAACUACAGAAGCGUCCCGACAGUAACAUAGACAAAGAGAUAAAACACUUCUUUGAUCGUAAAAGCUUCGAAGUAUUUGGAGCUGAUUUGAAAGCAAUUGAUAUACAGCGUGGGCGAGACUAUGGAUUACCAUCUUAUAAUGACAUGCGAACCUAUUGCGGAUUACCACGUGCUUACGACUGGUCAGGAUUUUCCAAUGAAAUAUCACAAGAUAAAAUUAUUGUAAUGCAGAAGCUUUACGCAUCUCCCGACGAUGUAGAUUUAUCUAUUGGUGGCUCGCUGGAAGCACACGCACCGGAAUCUAUUUUAGGGCCUACGUUUCAAUGUAUAAUAGGACGACAAUUCCUCAAAGCUCGAGUGGGUGAUCAUUUCUUUUUUGAGCGGUACAAUCCAAUAAGUGGAUUUUCAAAAGCCCAAUUAGCUGAGAUCCGUAAAGCCAGUUUAUCGCAGUUAUUUUGCAACAAUGCCGACUUCUUACAGGAUAUUCAACCUAAUGCGUUUAUUUUUCCAAACAGCAGGAAUAUUUUGAGAAAUUGUAAAGAUUUUCCUCAGGUGGAUUUAUGGAAAUGGAGAGCACCUAUACAACAAGCGGUUUACCUAAAUAAAUAAUGAUAAACGUACAUAUACGUACCUACAAAAAAUUUGUUAUAAUAAGGAAUGAAUAAUUUCUUGCAUUAAUUAUAUACGACUAACCUACAAUAUAAAUGAGACCUCAUUAUACAGGGUCCGGCACUCGAAGUGUAACUAAUUAAAAAGGCCAUACAUUUACUUUGGAAAAUUACUUUUAUUCAAUUCAAAGUAAAAAAUGUGUGAAAAUAAUACAAAAUUAAAAAUCAAUUUACUUUUGCUCGAGAUUAUCACCUUUUGACUUAACCUUGAGACGGUCCAGAAACGAAUCACAACUACCCGAAUGUGACCUGCAGGUAUUUUGGCCCAUUCGCGGACAAUGGCUUUUCAAAACGCCUCGAGACUGGUGAAUCUUUUAGUUCGGACCUUGCUCUCCACGGCUUCAAGGCAACCUCCACAAUACUUUCCCGAUAAUAUUUCGCAUUUACCUUGACGCCAGGCUCGAUGAAAACGAUUAGAGAAUGCCCACCUGCGGUUACAGCGGCCCAAAGCAAUACCUGUGUGGGGUGCUGCCUUCUGAUGGUCAUUCGAUGACUCAAAUUCUCAUAUGAACGGUCGGUCUAAUAAACUCUAUUAUUUUGGAGGUUUA